AUCAUAUGUUGCUCUCAUUUAAUGGAUACAUACCUUUAACACACGUGUGAUUUAAUAAUUUACAUAGUUGUGUAAUAUAAUUAUUUAAAUCGCGUAAUCCUGUAGAUUCAAAUUAUUAGUUCGUGUACACUUUUCUUUAUUUUUCUGGACUUACUUCAUUUGUAAGCAUUUUUACUGGAAUUUAAAUAAACAUAUUUUGUUUGCAGAAUAUUUACAGGUUCACAUCACCCAACGGUUUAAUUAGUGGAAGUUAUGCAUAUUUACGGAUGUAAGAUGGAUGCCAUCAUUUCCGAGAUGGUGGUUGAUAUGGGUAACCUGGAGCUGUCAGAAAUUUCUCCGAUAGAUGAAGCAAUUAUGAAUCCUGUGAUCCUGGCAAGCAUUUUCUCUCAGUUGGAUUUCCUCACCCUGAAGAACUCGGUCCGAUCCGUGUGCACAGUUUGGCCGGAUGUGGGCGCCACCGUUCUCGGGCGGAGGGGACGCCUCAUAUUUUCCGACGUGGGGGGGAUGCCCUCCUUUAAUCCCAACCUGGCCAGGAACAUUUAUCUGAAUCUGACAUCUGCCUGCUGCAGUUGCGUCAGAAAUUGUAGAUUCCAAUCCAAAAACCCCGCUUGUUACGGUGUCAUCGUCAUGCCGGAGGUUUCCAAAAUUUUGACCCGACUUGAACUCUACACGGAUAAUGUUUACGGACCCAGAUUGAACGAAUCUUGGACGGGGUACAACUUCCGAAAUAGAUUAUCCAUCCUGGUUGAGAAAUGGGGGGAUAACGACGCUCUGGGGGCGCCACAAUUUCUACCCCUCCCAUAUUUAAGGUCGCUAUGAAUUAAAUGCGUAAUAGAUAAUUGUUUGAGACAUUAUACCUGCUCUGAAACAAUUUCUACAUUCAAACUUUUUUCAAUUGUAAAAAAGGAUUCAUUCAUUAUUCAGUCAUUCAAAAUUUUGAAACUAAAUAUUUGUUCAUUUUCUGUGUCCCAAAUACAUAUACGGUUUCCCCUAUUUCAAAUGCAAAUAUCUCCGCCAAACCUGCGCGUUGGCAGGUGGUCCCUUUCGCAAAUUUCAUACCAAUUAUAUUUGUAAUCGAUUGACACUAGUUUGGUCCAAAUCUGUGAAUAUACGUUUGGAGACCUCUAUUGUAAGGAAUAUUUUAGGUCGUUCACCUUCCAGGGAAGGGACUCACUUCCUAGUAAAGAAAACUCAUCGGGGGAGGUCACAAUUUUCCAGGGGAUUCUAAACUCUGCCCCCAACUUGGAAGAGGUCGCCAUAACGGCCAACUUUUAUCCAGAUUUCGCACCCUGUACAAAGUUAAAGAUCUUGAAGUACAAGAGCAUCUGCGGGCAAACAAGUGGUAAAUCACUGGACAAGUUCCCCCUAUCCGAAAUGAUAGCCAGAUGUCCGAAUUCAAUAGAAAAGUUGAUACUUGGCGUUUGGGAGGAACCAGUUGGACAACGUGUGCCUGUGGCCAACACGGAGGUUUUGUCCUUUAGCCUCCCGAACCUAACCUAACCUAACCUUCCCACAUGAGAUGAUGGACUAGGAGUGGAUAUUUUGUUGACCUAAUGUUAGUAGCUUCAUUUCCCUAAUUGGUUGUAUUCAGUGAUUUGCAACCGUUUUUAAAAUAUUACCCCGGAUCGCUUAAAAAAUCAGGGUGUCGAGAUCUUCGGUUUUCUGGCCCCAAAACUGGUUGAAGGUCAUUUUUUUCAACUCUACGUCAUUGAUUUAUUAUUACGCCAUAAUAAUCUUCAAAAUUAAAAAAAUAAAAGCUCGUGGCCAUCCUGCCACUGCCACCGCCAGUCUCAAGUCUGCCUUCCGAAUAACUUGAGGCAAUUUGAGACUGGCAGUAGCGUAGUUUCUCAUCAUUCUCAAAUUCUGUAAAAGUUCAGUUCUGCGAGAAUGGAGAGUACGUAAUACGAUUCGGUAGCUAUCAAUUUGAAUAUUUUAAGAGUUCAUGGAAGAUUGAGAAUUUCAAAUUGAAAUGAAAAUUAUCUUAUUACACGUGUAUCACACAGAAUACAGGGCUAGGGAUAUGUACAUAUAUGGAACAAACAAGCGGAUCCCAAAUACACAAUGGGAAUCAAUUUCUAUAAAAAUUCAAAAUUUUGUAUCUCACCACAUGACGAUUUGCGCCGGGGAAUCCUUAUUUCUGAAAUCUACUUACAAAACUAAGCUCAAAACCUUUGUGCAAUAUUUGUGCAAUAUAUGUUUAUAGAGGUUGCAAUAUACAUAGGUUUUUACAUGCUUACCAUCAUUCAUUUGAGUGAUUAUGACAGUGAAUGAAAAUGAAUUCCCUGUCAUUUGACUUAAAAUGACUGAAGAAUUCGGUCAUUUCACAUGAGCGAAUGCGGAUAGAUCGAUAUUUCACUACUUCCACCCUUUACAUGGGGCGAAGAACGAAAUGAAGUCUGCCGAAGGGAAAUCAAAUGAAUUUGAAAGAAAAUGAGGGAUUGUCAAUAAAAAACAUUCGGUCAGAAAUCUACUGACUUUUGAUCGAAUGAUGAUGAUGAUUUUGAUUUUUUGAUUUUGAUUUUGAUCGAAUGAUGACUGACUUUUGAAUGAAAACUAAAUUUUUGACCAGGUGUGUAUACAUUCGUGUACGUACAUAUGUCCAAUAAAUUCGCGUGUGUUUCUCCAGUUUGUAAAUAGUAAAUAUGACAAAAUCCACUUGAGCCGUAAAUCAUUCCGAUUGAAGGCAAGCAUGAACAUAUGCAACCACGCGCAUUAGUUUUUUAUGUGCGUAGUUAUAACCCUUGGGGACGCUGGAAACAUACUUAGCAAUUUAGUUUAUAUUUAAUCAUUACUUGAUCAUGGCAGAAUGUGAUUGACAAACCUAAUAAAUUUGUCUGAAUUUCAAUGAAUAUUAUUACACUGACAAGCAAUAUAAUCAUUAUAUAUUUGUACAGGUUAAAUAAAUUUUUCACUGUUAUCACUAAAUAACUUCGGCAUCAAUUAUAUACACGUGCGUAAUCUUUUUAAUGUGCCGAUUAAUCAUUUUGCACAAUGGGAGUGUAAAAACGUGGGUAAAACCGUGUUGUACCUUGCAGAACUAUUUAAUUACUUGAGUACGUGGUUCGUUACUAAUUAUGGGGGGACGUCCAUAAAUUACGCAACGCUAGAUGAAUUGAGGCGGUCUCCGUGUUUAGUUAUGGAUAGCCUCUGGAUGAAGUUAAAGACCCUUGGUAAAGAGUUAAAGACUCUUACUGUUAGUCAUCUACCUCUACUUUUGCAGGGGGUCGGAUAUUCUUAAUUUUCUCAUCAGAAUUUGUAAAGCGAUACCCACCUAUUGAGGUCGGCAAUUUUGACGCUUGGAACAAGGCCACGCGGGCAUAGCUGUUCAACCCACAGUGGGUAUCCACAAAGUGGACCGUGGUGUGGAAGAUUUUUGUGGUUUGUGGAUUUGUGGAUUGUUGUAAUAUUAGCAAUUAUUCACCUCUGACCUCAGAGGUUAUCAAGCUACAUGAGUAAUUACGUUUGGAAAGUGUGUUUUUGGCACUUUCUAACUCUGGGGGCGCUGGAGGGGGACUUUGUGAAGCUAUCGCCCUAAAAUUUUAAACAUAGCUUUUUGAGGAUAUCAUCUUGCAGCCUACCAAAAAUCAGUUCAAAAUUCGACUCCCCGCCAGAGGAAUUCAACUGAGAAUUCGUCAAAAGCAUGUCUGGACGCCUUUAGUAAUUACAAAACCAAUUAAUUACCACAGCUCUGAUCCAUGACAAAUUUGGUUUAAAGUGGUUUUAUCACGUUCUCCGAAUCCCAUAUCGGUUGAGAGUUGAUGGACAAGAUAAGAACUCGGUAUAAACAUACGUGACAUCCAUACCGCAUCGCAGUCAUAUUAAAAUACAACUCGUCCCUACAAAUCCGCAAUUUUACGACGCUCGCAAAAAUGUUGGCGGUAAGUUUUGCACUAAUGACCUUAUUCCUCGCUCAAGUCACACACGCAGCAAUGAUUGAGGACGGAAAACAUUACUGGAACGAAACCCUACAAGGUCAGAGUGACGGUCACUUGUUGCAAGGCCGAUACCUUAUCUAUCCAAUUCCCGCGAUAAAUACGAAUGGAUGGGAUUUCAGCAUGAUGAGUAUUGUAUAUGAUACCGAACUUAGAACGACGGUUUCAUCGACAGGCCUGUACAACAGUGAAAACGCUGCGGGAAGAACGCGUCCACCGACAUCUUCUUGGAGACUAUAUUUCAAUGAAGUCGACUGUAAAUAUCCGUCAGCGCCUUAUCCUACAGGUUAUGAUCGGGGGCAUUUGAUCCCUUCUUGUUACUGGCGAUGGACAGAGACCGUCCGUUUGGGAACUUUUUUCUGUGCCAACCAAGCCCCGCAAAAUCCAACUUUCAACCGUGGAUGGUGGUCUCACACAGUGGAAGUAGAGCUUGCCGCCCUUGCCAAGCAACGUAAUGGCUUCAUAAUGACGGGCGUAUCGGAGGCAACUCUCGACACGGUUUCCGGUCAUCGUAUCCCAUUAUAUUUCUGGAAGCUUGUAUGCACCUGGAACCCUACCACUGGACAAGCCGAAGUUUAUGGUUAUUAUGGCAGCAAUGCUGCUGCGGGUGAGAGGGUGUGUGCCUCACAAAACACCAUUGCACGCGAGGCGAUGGGGGAAAACUAUUUCAGAGUGUUGAGAAACGCGUGGGAGUUUGCAGACGCGGAUUUGAGGGAUAACCGGAAUAUUAAUGGCGUACUUCCGACCGGUGUGGAGUGCGCGGAUGCCCUGGAACUCCCUGCCGGACGGUGUCUAGUUCCGUAUUCGGAGGUCGAUCAGUGCGGCGAGGAUUGCUGCUUGGAUGACGAGGCAUAAUUGAUGAGAUGGAAGUCCCCCAACGUAUGGUCAUAUAUUUGGACCAAAUUAGCGUCAAUCGAUCACGAAUAUUAUUAGUAUGAAAUUUGCAAAUGGAACUAUCUGCCAAUGCUCAGGUUUUGCAGAGAUAUUUGCAUAAAAAGAGGAGAAAACGCACCCCCUAGGCUGACAAAUUUUUUAUUUUCCAAAUCUCCUGCGCAUUUCCCCCGCUUUGGAUGCAAAUAGCUCCUCCAAACCUGCGAAUUGGCACAUAAUUAGUUCUAUUUGCAAAUUUCAUGCUAAUAAUAUUAGCGAUCGAUUGACGCUAAUUUGUUCCAAAUCUGUGAGCAUACGUUGGGAGACCUCCAUUAUUAGUUACAUAAAAAUAAGACAUCGACAAUUUUAUGAAGGAUGAGUAUAAAUAAAUAAAUCGUCGUAAAUGCAUAUAAAGAAUUAGCUUGAACCAAGCAGAGCGGGAAUAUUUAAUUUCACUGUAAUUCGUAAUCUAUGAGUUUAAUUUCACUGGUCAUCUUACUUAUUUUCCGGAAGUAUUCUCGUACUCUCGGAUGACAUGACUGAAGCAAGAAAUAGAAAAAAAUAUAUAAUUUUUAAUUGAGAUUAGCAAAAAGUAAGGAUAUAUUGCUGGUUUUGUUGAUUACGUUUGCCCGGGGCCGGGAAAAGAUAAACCGAAAUUGAUCUUCAAUAUGUAAGUCAAAUAAAAUAGAUUUUACCAUAUACUUACAAUGCGAUGACGCAAGCGGUCUCGCUCCGAUUUUUACGAAACCAAUAAUAUGUAUGUAUGUUUAAUCAUUAAUUGAUGGUGACAAAAUGUGAUUGACAGAUGUAAUUAAGUUGCUUGAAUUUCAAUGAAUUUUAUUAAGUACUCUGACAAGCAAUUGAGAUUAUUGUUUUUACAAUUUAAAUAAAUGAUUGAUUGGUAUACAUAUAUAACUAGGUAUGUAUGUUGCUAAUUUCACGUAAUCGUUUCACUGCGUAUAUGU